UUAUAUUGAUGAAUAGCCUAAAAAGAUGCGUCUAAUUUCAUGGAAUUGUAAUGGAAUACGUAAUUUAUUUGAUUAUCAGUCGAAAAAAUCAGAAAAAUCGCUUAAAUUUAUAUUGGAAAAAUUUGAAGCAGAUAUUGUAUGUUUUCAAGAGACAAAGAUACAAAGGAAGGAUUUGACACACGAUAUGAUUAAUAUCCCAGGAUACUUGUCAUUUUACACAUUUUCAAAAAAAAGAAAAGGAUAUAGUGGUGUAGCAAUUUAUGUUAAAGAGUCGCUUUGUAUUCCUCUUAAAGCAGAGGAGGGUAUUACUGGAUAUCUUAUUCAUUCAGGAGAAGGUAUUCCAUAUAUUGAAUGUCCUAAAUCGAUUUCAAUUGGUGGUUACACGGAAAUGUCUGAUAAACAUGCACUAGAACUUGAUCAAGAAGGUAGAUGUAUUAUUUUAGAUUUGAAUCUUUUUGUAUUAUUUGGGGUAUAUUGUCCAUUGAAUUCGAAUUCAGAAAGGAACAAGUUUAGGCAAUUAUGGAUUGAAACAUUGGAUAGUCGUAUUCGAAACUUAAGAAAAAUGAAACGAAAUAUUGUUAUUAUGGGUGAUAUCAAUAUAAUAAGAGACGAUGUUGAUUCUUCAUAUAAGAUAGAUGAAUUGCAGGAAGGAAUGGAAGAUUUUAAAGAUUCAUGUCAAAGAGCAUGGCUUAAUAAGCUUUUAUUGCCACAUCCCGAAGGAUUCAUGAUUGAUCUUUGCAGACAUUUUCAUCCGGAUAGGAAAGAAAUGUUUACAUGCUGGAAUACGAAAAUCAAUGCCAGGACCUGCAAUUUCGGAACACGUAUUGACUAUAUUCUCAUUAGUAAAGAAUUAUUACCAUGGUUUGAAUUUGCUGACAUACAAGCAAAUGUUAUGGGCUCAGAUCAUUGUCCAAUUUUUGCAGAAAUUAAAUCGCAAAUAUAUAAUUGGAAAGGGAGUGGGAAAACAGAUAACAUAUUAGAUUUUUUGAACAAAGAAGGCGCUUUUGUAGAUGGAAUAUUAGUAUCUAAAUUACCUAAACCUCCUCACCUAGAAACACAUAAUUUCCCUGAAUUCUCAUUUCAAGAUAUUAAAUUAAUGUUUAAAAAACAGGAAAAAUUGGACUCCUUAGAAAAAAAAAAUAAACCAUAUACUUUAAAGAAUUUUCUUGGGAGAUCAGCAACUGAACCAUUAUCACACUUUUCAAAAAAAAAAAGACUAGAAAGUUUUUCAAACCAAAGUCAUCUUCCUUCAUAUUUUAAAAAUGCUUCUGGUCAAUUAAAAAAUCUUGACAGAAAACAUGAAAAAGACACUUCAUUAAAGAAAGAGUAUAAUUCACUAGAUUCGGAAAAUAUAAAUACAAAAACUAUAUUAAAAAUAUCUGAUACGUUAAAAAAUGAUACUAAAAGGGAUUCAGAGGUUCUAGAAUUGCGAAAAAAAACAUGGAACAAUAUAUUUACAAAACCAUCACCCCCUCUAUGUAAUGUUCAUCAAAAGCCGUGCAUUGAAUUACGAUGCAAGAAGCCUGGCCUUAAUUUUGGCCGGCAUUUUUGGAUCUGUUCUAAUCCUAUUAGUAAAGAAUAUAAACAUCAAAAUAUAUCUGAUUCUGAUAUGGAAAAUAAAUUUAAAUGUGGAUAUUUUAGAUGGAGCAGUAAUCAUAAUUAAAAGUUUUAAAUGCAAGUAAUAUAAAGC